AGUUGUUAGUGCUGCGACGUGCGCUAUUUCGUCCUCGAACCGCGUAACUUUUUUUGCGAAGUUCUGACUGGGAUUGCACAGAAAUCGUGUUGUAUUUCAGUGAAGUGCACGAACGGAGUAUUUCGGCACUUGUUUAAGUGAUAAGUCGUGUGGUACUGUGCGUGUGGUUUUGGUCACAGGUGUCGCAUUCCACGGGGGACGCCGACGCAGCCUCCGUUCUUGAUAUUAUAGGCAGGUGAACCGCUAUACUAUUUGACAUAAUGGAGCUAAGAUUAUGAGAACAGAAAACGUCUUUUAGACGUCCAACUGACACGGAUCAUCUGAGUAAUGCGAAUACAGCGAACGAGUAACAGCCGCUGAGAUGGCGCGGUGGAGCGCGCUGAUCCAGCAUGGAAACUUCAUUUGGUUCAUUCUUCUCGGCUUACUUCUGUGUACGGAGGCGACACCUGGUCCAUGUGAAGUGGAAACUGGACAGUCGAGCAUUAUAGUCGAUAUUGAAGAGAGCAGGGGGGACCAAGUAAACCAAACCACGACACCAGCCGAGUUGCCAAUCGUGGGCGAGCCUGAUGUAGACGUGGUCCUUUCUACUGUGUUCCCGAAGGGUCCCACGCUGUUCCAGCUGGACGGAAAGCGGCUACAGCUGCUGCAGCCGCUGGACAGAGACGCGGAUAAUCUGUCUCAUAUGGUCUUUCAGCUUGUGUGCCAAGUGAAAGCCACCAAGAAGCGACGGACUAUACCUGUUAUUGUGAGAGUGUCCGACAUCAACGACAACGCGCCGGUGUUCCAAGGCGUUCCAUAUGAGACCGAUGUUUCGGAGCUCGCACCCAUCGGCACGACAAUAUUCGACGGCGUCCGAGCAGUAGACUUCGACGCAGGGGUCAAUGGCCUGGCUGAAUACUUUAUCAUCCCAGGCGACAAUGCGACCCUGGAAAGUAAUAACGCAGCAGACGGCUACGGGUUCUUUGCUAUGCCGUUACCACAUCAGGGGCAGGUCACAGUAAAUAGGAGUUUGGAUUACGAACGCACGCAGAAGUAUCUAGUCACUAUUGUUGCUUCUGACCGCGCCCGUGACGUCAAACGCCGAUUAUCAAGCACCACCACAUUGACGGUCAAUGUCAAAGAUGACGAUGAUCAGGAUCCCUCGUUUAUAUACAAGGGCUGCACGCUCCAUGAGGGAGCCUGCUUCAAUCCGGAAUACUCUAGUUAUGUUAACUCUGGCGUACUAGCUGGCGUCCUGACAAUAGAACCAGAGAAAAUUCAAGCAGUGGACAUGGACACUUUGGACGCCAGAAUUAAAUACAGUAUAGAGAGUGGAGAACCAGAUUCUUGGGCUACGUACUUCGCGAUCGACCCCAGUAGUGGGGCAGUGAGGCAGUUGGUGGCUGUAGACACGAGCAUAGCCAAGAAAUUCCAGUUGGUUAUCAAAGCCGAAGAGGUAUCGGAAGCGAAGCGUUUCACGACCGCCAAGCUAACUAUAACAGUCAGACCUGUGGAUGCCAGUCCACCGGUAGUAGAAGCCUCUUCGGACGAAGGCUACGUGGAAGAGAACUCUCCCAAGGGCACAAGAGUUUUGGAUGUAAACGACGAGCCUAUUAGAUUGUCGGUCUAUGAUCCUGAUUUGGGGCCGGGCGACCCUGUUCCGAAGUAUACGUUCGAGUUGACGACCAGCUUCUUCGAUAUCGACGGCGACGGAUAUCUCGUUGUGAGCGAUGACAAAUUGGAUAGGGAUCCGCCGAAUCCUGGCAAAUUUAGAUUUCAGGUGGUGGCCCGCGAAGCAAAUGGAGGUGCCGCUUCGGCGCCACUGUCGUUGGCCGUCAAACUAUUGGACCAGAAUGACAACGCGCCCGUCAUACCGAAGACACUGCCGAUCAUAGUACCGGCUAGUUUGGAACCUACGGCUGUGCAUAAGGUGGAAGCAAUGGACAUAGACGAGGGUGAGAACGCACGAAUCACAUACAGCAUCUACCAUGUGUCUAACAAUGGUGGCAGCAAGUUCACUAUUGACCCCGAAACGGGUGUUAUUUCAAGCACAAGUCGCCUUCAAGCGGGCGAGCAAUACAGCUUGACAAUCCGAGCAACAGACGCCAAGGGUCUCAGUUCUCAAGGCAUCGUGGAGUUGUCCGUAGCCCCGGGUCCCAACACGCGCCCCCCGCAGUUCUCGAGUCGCGAUUACUACGCGCCGGUGUCAGAGGGCGCUGCGAUCAAUUCUACUGUCACUACUGUCACUGCCAAAGAUCCAGAAAAUGAACCAGUUACCUACUCCAUCGUGUCUGGGAACGACCUGCGUCAGUUUGCCAUUGGAUCCAACACCGGUAUUAUUACAGUCAUCAGGAGAUUGGACAGAGAAGUCCUCACCAGAUAUCAAUUGAUGGUGAAAGCUGAAGAUCCAGGCAAGCUGUCAAACACAGCUACAGUGAACAUAAAGGUCACAGAUAUCAACGAUAAUAAUCCCAAGUUCGACGAAGACUCCUAUCUAUUCCAUGUCAAAGAAGGAGCUAAAAGCGAAUUCGUUGGCUAUGUGCACGCCACAGACAGCGACGAGGGUGUUAACGCCAUGAUAACAUACAGCCUGCCCUCACACUUACCCUUCACAAUAGAUAACAGUACCGGCUUGAUUUCUACUAAGACCGAACUGGAUUAUGAACAAACUAAGGACUACGCAUUCGUAGUAACAGCGACAGAUGGCGCCAUAGACAAGCGACUUGGCACCGCUUCAGUCACCGUGCAAGUGCAAGACGAACCUGACGAAGCACCAACAUUCCCGCAGUCUUUAUAUUCUGUACAUGUGCCUGAAAAUGCACCUAAUUACCCUGUGGUUAAGGUUCAUGCCGUAGACCCAGACACGACGCCUGAAAUAACAUACACGAUUAUGCUUGGCGACACCGACUUAUUCUCGAUAGAUCGUAAAUCUGGAAUGAUCAGGACUAUUCGUCCGUUGGACAGAGAGAUGUCCGCUCGCCACGAAAUCGUAGUUGGCACUGAAGAGAAUACAGGCGAAGGUCUUGGAGUAGCUACUACAGUGGAAGUUUUGGUUGAUGACAAAAACGACAACGCGCCCAUCUUCACAUCGAUCGUCCGACCCGUCACUAUAGAAGAUUCUUCAUCCAUCGGCACUCUUGUACAAACUGUCACAGCGACAGACGUAGACGCUACUGCCCCUAACAACAGAGUGAGAUACAAGUUGGUGGGGAGAGGGAAGGCUUCGAAGUACUUCCACGUGGAGCCCGACACGGGCGCUGUGAGGGUCCGAGACGAUUUGAGGAAGGAGACUGACAGUGAAUAUACUGUGGAUGUCCAAGCGUAUGAUCAAGGAGAACCGGUCAUGUCUUCUGUCACCAGUUUGACUGUGUACGUCAGUCAUUCUGCUACUGUUCCUCCAGAUGUGGGUCUCGGAUUCGCAGACACAGUAUACACGGAACACGUGGCAGAGAACGCUAAAAAUGGAACUUUAGUCAGAGUGCUACCCGUUUUGAAUACGAAGAGACACUCGCCUGAUACGCCACUGAAGUGUCUCCUAACUGAUGCGUCCCAGAAAGGCGUAUUCUACGUAAAUUUGACUUUAGAGAGAGACUGUGCGAUCUACCUCAACGCGUCACUUGAUUACGAAAAUGUUACCGAGUACUCCCUAGAAGUCCAAUUAGAAUCUAUUCAAGGCCUGAUUAACCCUGAUGGGAGCAAGGCACUGAUAAAAGUCCACGUAACAGAUGCUAAUGAUAAUGAUCCGGUGUUUAUUUUCCCGGAACAGAGUACUAUUGUUGCAGCGAGAGGAAAAUAUUUCGCGAUUGUCACUAAGGAUACGUUGUUGGGGACUAACGUGUUGCAAGUUAAGGCGAAAGAUAAAGACAGCGGCGAAUACGGAAAGUUGGUAUACCAAAAGAACUCCUGGACUAAAUCCGCCGAAGAAUACUUCACCUUAGACUCCGAUACUGGGGUCAUCUCCAAUAUUCAGACCUUCGAGAACGUUCCGGCUAAUAUUCUGCCCUUCAAAUUCAGCGUGACGGCGAGAGACAAUCCUAGUUCACCGCAAAUGUAUAAUAUCGCGAGAGUUUCGGUUGUUAUAAACCUCCUAAGCAAAGACAACCAACUAGUCGUAGAAGUGUCCAACAUAAACUCUGAAGCCAUACGUCGCCGCGCCAGAGAGUUACUAACCGCGAUAGAGGAGAAAAGCGGCUUGGUCGCCGGUCUUGAGAAACUUACAGCGAGGCAUUAUAUAGGGAAGAAUGGGACUUUGGAGGUCGAUGCUAAGGGAACUGACGUGUGGUUGUACCUCGUGGAUCCCAACACGGGAGAGAUUUUGACGAGGGAUUCUAAGCCGGUUAAAAAAGCCAUAGAAGCAGGCGUGAGAAAAGCAGUCGCCUCACGUCUCCAAUCCCCGGUCAGCGAGGUCAGACCCCCAUUAGUUGCGAAAGAACAGCCGAGAAGAACGCAAAUGGCCGCCGCGCCGCUCGGGACAGCGCUUCCAGCCGCUUUAAUAGGUCUUGCAGCGCUCGUAUUAGUCGCUGCAACCGCUGCAACGAUAUAUAUCUGCGCUUCUUGGAAUAGGUACAAGAAGCACAAAGAGCAGGCGAUACAACAAUAUGGCACAUUGAGCGUCAGCAUGCCGCCUCGCCCGCCUUCUGGUUACGAGUCGAGUGAAGACGAGCCCGCUCCGCGAUACGAAACUCAGGUCCUGAAUAUGGCGGUCGACGAUGCCGACCUACAGCUGGAUUUCAGCCCAAAUAACCACGCGUUCAACAUACACAGUGUGCAAUACUUAUCCAAAGACAAUGGUGAACGCAGCCCAACACUGUCAGAAACCGCCACCACGGCUCGCGCGUCAAGCGUCAACGAAAACAACCGCACAAUGAACAACAGUCACUUCGACACGAUCGCCAACAACGCGUCCAAUGCGCGCAACACUCAAACUCUGAACCGGAGAGUGCCCAAUAACCACGCAUUGAACAACGCCCUCGGAACUUUACCUAGAGUGAAUAAUAAUAAUACGGGUGGCGGAUUACUGGUCGCGACGCUUGGUAGGAAAAUAAAUGGCGGGAAUAAUCAUAAGAAGAAAGCGUCACAACCUAUCAUGGCGUACGAUGAAAUCCCUGGUUUGCAAAGGGCGUCGGACAAUGACAACGUUACCUUUGGCAAGAGGAACUUCAACGGUUAUCCUUACGACCAAUCCUCGGUGGAGACCACGACUGAAUUAUAGACUAGGUUUUAUGUAAAAAAUGUAAAUAACCUCUCUUUUUUAAUGUCUUUAUAAGAGUGAGAUGGCGAUACACUUUGUAUGCACCUACUAAUUGUUUAUGUGAAAUCGAGAAGCCUACUAGGUGCUGGUGAAUGUGUGCCAAAAUGAUUUUACUGUACUGACAAGAAGAUCAUCAUACAGACGAUGACUUGAUCUUGUUGAAGAAUUUGUACUAGAGAUGCCACGAAUAUUCGGCAAUUAUUCGGUAUUCGGCCUAUUCGGCCACUUUUUAGGCUAUUCGGUAUUCGGCCGAAUAAUAGGUACUAUUCGGCCGAAUACCGAAUUAAAAAAGACACGUAUAUUACUCAAAAUUAUGUAUCUAUUUCCAAAUUACAAUACUUUAGUAAUUAAAAUUGACCAGUGGUAAGUUAUCUAUACAUAUAAUAAAUCUGUAGAAGGGUCAAUUCUGUACAUUGAAAAUAUUGAAAAAAUAAAUAGCAGGUGGUUUUACUGGAUCGAUACCAAACCCAAAUAAGUGAUUAAAAAAAUUUUUGUCUGUCUGUCUGGCUGUAUGUUCAGGCAUCACGUGAAAAGUAACGGUUCGAUUUCGAUGAAACUUGGUAUAAUUAUACCUUAAUUAUCCUGGGCUUAAAAUGGGAUACAUUUUAUCCUUGAAAAAUACGUAUAACCUUUCACUAUACACGCUACUUCCAGGAGAAGAAAGAUAAACUUGAAUUGUUUUUCGUUUGCGAACCACCACUUGUAAGGGUCGCCCUUCCGUUCUAAGCGAACUGUUUUCAAAUAAAAAUCCAACUGGUUUGCCACAGCACUCUUCUCCGCGUCCACCUCAUCAUUAGCACUUCGCAUAUUAUCUGUUGCGACUUCCUCAAAGCAGUUCCAGAAACUGUCAUGUAUUUCAAUAGUCCUAUCAUUUUCAUUCGUUUCUUUUAAAAAAAAGUUGAGCAAGUGAAAGAGUUUGUAUAUCUAGGAUCAAAGUUUACAUCAGAUGGCAAGUGUACCUAAUUUUGAUAUUGAAAGGAGAGUGAACGCGGGGAACAUGGUGAAUGGAGCUUUGCAUGCCUUUAUGAGCAGUCAGAAACUAUCCAAAAAGGCUCGACUGGCUGUGCAUAAGGGCAUGUUGAUCCCGACAUUAAUGCAUGGGAGUGAAAUUUGGGUAUGGCAAAAGAAGCACGAAAGCAGAAUAAAUGCAGUGGAAUGAUUUUAGGGAUGUAUUUCAUGCCGAAUAUUUGUCGGCCGAAUAUUCGGCGCUUCGGCUGACCACGUUGCCGGAUAUUCGGUAUUCGGUAUUCGGCCAAUUCACUAUUCGUGGCAACUCUAAUUUGUACUUCAAAUGUCUGAUCUACCAAAUGAGUUUGAAGGCUUAAAUGUUAUAAAAUUCAUGUCAACUUGUAACAGAACCCAAUACCUUUUCAAAAUACGACAUGCUGUGUCAAAUCCACCAAUCACAGUGAUUAACGACAGGUGUUUAGUAUAAAAAGUAAAACGUUUUUAUUUAUUUUAAAAUCCACUUUAUAAACAUAUUAUUUUAAAAAGAAAUUAAGUUUCAAAAAUAGUUUUAGACGAACAGACAAUGUUCAUUAGAACUUAUCUAUUUAUUUACUCGUAAAUGCUCAAUUUCUU